UGAUACUUGAUAUCUUUCUUUUUAUUCAAAGUUAAAGACGUACGCUUUAAAUAAGUUCGAGUGUUGAAAAAUGGUUUUAAUAAUAUAUUUUUCUCUACUUUUUUUAGUGGUGAGGAAGAAAAAAUCUCACAUCUCGUUUGGUUCAAUAUAGCACCACAUCAUUUCGAAACUAAAUGGAAUCAAAUCAAGAACGUUGUCAUGAAUUUGACUUUUUUAAAGACAAAUAGAAACUGUCAGCAGCAAUCAAUGGAGAGUACUCAUAAUAAAGAAAAAAAUGUUUUUAAAACUCAUAAUAAUAAGAAACCAUCUGGUGCUCAAUACAGAAAACGUAAAGCAGAAAAAGUUGAUAAUUUGAAGAAAAAUUAUAAAAAACUUGAAAAUUUUAUUACAUCGGAAAAUAGUGAUUGUAAUAAAAUAAAGGAAGGAAAAAAGGUUGCGCAUGUACUUAGUGAUACAUCAACCAGCGAUGAAGAAGACGGAAUUAUGUCAGUUGGAAAUGUUCACUACGAUGAAAAAGAUAUCGAUAACGAAAAUGAUGAUGGCCAAGAUGGUGAUGUAAAUGAUCGCACCAAAAAAACAGCAAUCAAUUACUCAGACUGUGGUUUGUGGCCAAUUUAUCGCAACAUUCAAUUUGUUGAUUAAUUAAUUAAUAUAGGUGCAAUACAAGUGAUUUUGGACACAUAUCCACGCGAUAAUAGAAGACAACAUUUUUCAAAUGCUUAUUACAACCGAAAACUUUCAAAUGGUGAGGUUAUUUCACGACGUUGGCUUGUGUACUCAGUUUCUAAAGAUGCGGUAUUUUGUUUUUGCUGCAAACUUUUUGAUUUCAACAUGAAUUUAAAGUUAAACGGAAAUGGAUUCAAUAAAUGGAAGAAUUUAACAGAAGCAUUAAAAAUUCACGAAAAUAGUAAGUCACACAGAAUUGCUUAUCAACUAUGGAUUGAGACAGAAAUACGAGUGAAAGUUGGUGAAACUAUUGAUAAACAAGAACAAAAACUAAUCGAAAAGGACAGUUUAAGGUGGCGAAGUGUUUUUGAACGAUUGAUAAACAUUACUUUAUAGAUAAAUUGUAUGCAGUUAAUAACGGCAAAUUUUUAGGAUUGGUACAAUUACUCGCUAAAUUUGAUCCUAUCAUGUUAAACCACGUCACGCUAGCUCUUAAAGGAGAUAUUUCUGAUCAUUACUGUGGAAAAACCAUUCAAAAUGAAAUGAUAGAUUUGAUUGCAUCAAAAGUAACCAACAUAAUUAUAUCCAAAGCUCUAAAAAGAACAUAUUUAUUCUAUUAUUGCUGACUGCACUCCUGACGUAUCUCACAAAGAACAGUAAAAAACAAAAAUCGUAAGCUCUCGCUUACGAUUAGAAUUGUAAAUAUAUCAGAAUAUCCUAUAAAAAUAAAUGAACACUUUCUUGGGUUUUUCAAUGUUAACGACACGACAGGUCUUGGUUUAACGGAAAUCAUAAUUGGAGCUUUAAAAGAUUUUGGACUGAAUAUAAGCUUUUGUCGAGGGCAAGGUUACGAUAACGGUGCAAAUAUGAAAGGUAAAAAAAUAGGUCUACAAAAGCGAAUAUUAGAUUUGAAUCCUUUGGCAUUUUACUUUCCAUGUGGAAGUCAUUUCCUCAAUUUAGUUAUUUUUGACGCAGCGCAGUCUUCACUAAAUUCCAUUAACGUUUUUGGCAUAAUACCAAGAUUAUUCACAUUAUUUUCUGCAUCAACUUCACGCUGGAAUGUUUUACUUAGUCAUACAACAAACUUCACGCUUAAACGAUUAUGCGACACUUGUUGGGAAGCCAAAAUUGAGAGCCUCAAAGCCAUCCGAUACCAAAUAAGCAGCGUACAUGAUGCUUUAAUUACUAUAUAUGAAACUGAAACCAAAACUCCCGAUAUUGCACACGAAGCGCAAACAUUAGCAGAACAAUUAAAAGACUAUAGUUUUUUAGUUUCUUUAAUUGCAUGGUACAAUGUACUAUUCCAAAUAAACGUUGUUAGUAAAGCAAUGUAAGCCAAAGACAUGGAUCUAGUACAGUGCGCUGAAAUGUUGAAAAAAUGCAUCACAUUUUUGGAAAAUUACAGUACGUUUGGCUUUAAACAAGCAACGGUUGAUGCCAAAGAGUUAGCUGAAGAGUUAAACAUCCUUGAAAAUGAAAUAAAUACAAAAGAGAUGACACCACUUUUUGUACUAAAUUUUAUUAAAAAACAUUGUCUACAAGAGUUAUAUUCAAAUUCAUGGAUUGUUCUGCGCAUUCUUCUUACAAUACCUGUUACUGUUGCUAGUGGAGAACGUAGUUUUUUUAAACUGAAGUUAAUCAAAACAUAUUUAAGAAAUACCAUGUUAAAAGAUCGACUUAAUUCUCUAUCUAUGUUAUCAAUCAAGCAAGAUAUAGCUGAAAAUUUAGAUUUUUCUAGUUUGAUAAGAGAUUUCGCGGACAAAAAAGCUAGAAAAGUUAGAUUUUAAAAUUUAAUAACUGUUGUUUAUAUAGUUACAGUAUUUAUUA